GGGAGGGUUCCAGUUGGCCGGUCCGACAUGGCAGAGAAGCGGAGAGCCUCGCCUUGCACAGUGCUGAGCCUCAAGGCUCACGCGUUCUCGGUGGAGGCGUUGAUCGGGGCCGAGAAACAACAGCCGCCGCCGCGGCAAUCCCAUCAACAGCCGCCGCCGCCGCAGAAGCGACGAAAGUUGCUGGCUGGAGCCAACGGGAAAGAGACGCCGUCCGAAGGUAGCGGCGGCGGCCACGGGAAUAGCUGCGACACGGACUCCGGCGAAGGUUCCGGGCAAAGCGCCGCUUCGUCCUCCGGCCCUGAGACCUGCUCGGCCGUGCCUGAAGCAGCGAAGAACUGUGGCGCCCGGGAGUUACCUCCCGGUGGGUUUGAAGAGAGUUUCUUAAACGGCGCGUCGCCCCCUUUGACUCCUGCAGGCCCCGCCAAGGCUGCCUCGCCUUUACUUGCCCCGCCGCAAGUGCCUCGGGUGGACCUGCAAGGCGCGGAGCUCUGGAAACGUUUCCACGAGAUCGGCACCGAGAUGAUUAUUACCAAGGCGGGAAGACGGAUGUUUCCUGCAAUGCGAGUGAAAAUUUCAGGCCUAGAUCCUCAUCAGCAGUACUACAUUGCUAUGGAUAUUGUCCCUGUAGACAACAAAAGAUACAGGUAUGUCUAUCAUAGUUCCAAAUGGAUGGUAGCUGGAAAUGCUGACUCACCUGUGCCUGCCCGUGUGUACAUUCAUCCGGAUUCACCUGCCUCAGGAGAGACUUGGAUGCGGCAAGUGAUUAGCUUUGACAAACUGAAGCUUACAAACAAUGAACUGGAUGACCAGGGUCAUAUAAUUCUUCAUUCUAUGCACAAAUACCAGCCACGUGUCCAUGUCAUUCGAAAAGACUGUGGAGAUGAUCUCUCCCCAGUCAAACCCAUUCCUUCUGGUGAUGGUGUGAAGGCAUUCACUUUUCCCGAAACUGUUUUCACUACUGUCACAGCAUAUCAGAACCAACAGAUUACCAGACUCAAGAUUGAUAGAAAUCCUUUUGCAAAAGGAUUUAGAGAUUCAGGCCGCAACAGGAUGGGACUGGAAGCUUUAGUAGAAUCUUAUGCAUUCUGGAGACCUUCACUGAGAACUCUUACAUUUGAAGAUAUACCUGGGAUUGCAAAACAAGGAAACACUGGUUCUUCCAGUUUGCUCCAGGGAUCUACUAAUGGGGUACCAUCUACUCAUCCACAUCUCCUUCCUGGGUCACCUUGUUCGCCUCCUGCUUUUCACCUCACUCCCAAUACUAGCCAGUUCUGCAGCCUUGCUUCAGCUGACUAUACAGCCUGUGCUCGCUCAGGUCUAACCCUUAACAGGUACAGUACUUCGUUGACUGAAACAUACAACAGACUUGCAAAUCAAACCAGUGAGACCUUUGCAACCCCAGCAACUCCCUCUUACGUUGGCGUAUCAAAUGGUUCAGCAGUGAAUAUGCCUGUGGCAGGUAGUGACGGUGAUGCAUUCAGUUGUCCGCAGGCGGGAUUAUCAAUGCAAAUUUCAGGGAUGUCUCCACAACUCCAGUACAUUAUACCUCCUCCAUCUGGCAAUGCCUUUCCAACAAAUCAAACCCAUCCGAACUCUUACAACACUUUCAGGCUACAUAGUCCUUGUGCUCUGUAUGGAUACAACUUCUCCACCUCCCCCAAACUGGCUGCAAGUCCUGAGAAAAUUGUUUCUUCCCAAGGAACUUUCUUGGGGUCAUCACCAAGUGGAACCAUGACAGAUCGACAGAUGUUGCCCCCUGUAGAAGGAGUGCACUUACUUAGCAGUGGGGGGCAGCAAAAUUUCUUUGACUCUAGGACCCUAGGAAGCUUAACACUGUCAUCAUCUCAAGUAUCUGCACAUAUGGUUUGA